ACCGUGAUCUGCGCGGUGAGAGUAUGGCGGUGCUGUGUGCUGUGUAACGGGGCUAACUGGGGGAAUAGCACUCUCUCGCCCUGCUUAUGAUCACACUCACACCCACACAGCUGGACUAUACCAGGAGAUGAGAAUGGGUUCCCGCAUCAAAGACAGUCCUGAGAGCACGUUUGAGGUGUAUAUGGAGGUGGGUCAUUCUGGAACAGUGGGCACAGAACCAGAGGUGCGGAGAGUAUUCCCUGAGGAAUAUGCUGACCAGGAAACUCUGCAGACUGUUCCAAGGUUUUGUUUCCCAUUUAGCGUGGACAGUCUGGCAGUGGGGCAGGUGGGUCAGAACUUCACCUUUGUUCUGACUGAUAUCGACAGUAAGCAGCGUUUCGGCUUCUGUCGCCUCUCUUCUGGAGUUCAGAGCUGCUACUGUAUCCUCAGUUAUCUACCAUGGUUCGAGGUCUUCUACAAGCUGCUGAAUGUGCUGGCUGACUACACUAUUAAAGGACAGGAGAGCCAGUGGAGAGAAUUGUUGGAGACACUACAUUCGUUACCCAUCCCUGAACCUGGAGUCCCUGUCCAUCUGAGUGUGCAUGCCUACUUCUCAGUGCCUGACCUGAGGGAGUUACCAAGCAUCCCUGAAAAUAGGAACCUGACGGAGUAUUUUGUGGCUGUAGAUGUGAACAACAUGCUUCACCUGUACGCCAGUAUGCUGUACGAGCGAAGAGUUCUCAUCAGCUCCAGCAAGCUGAGCACAUUAACAGCAUGUGUCCAUGGUGCAGCAGCCAUGUUGUAUCCCAUGUACUGGCAGCAUGUUUACAUCCCAGUGCUCCCACAACACCUAUUAGACUACUGCUGCGCUCCGAUGCCAUACCUCAUAGGAGUUCAUUCAAGCCUGAUGGAGAAGGUCAGAGGAAUGGCUUUGGAUGAUGUUGUCAUUCUUAACGUGGACACCAACACUCUGGAGACUCCGUUUGAUGAUCUGCAGAGUCUUCCUAAUGAUGUGGUGUCAUCUCUAAAAAAUCGCCUGAAAAAGGUUUCCACGACAACGGGAGACGGGGUGGCCAGAGCGUUUCUAAAAGCUCAGGCGUCUCUGUUCGGCAGCUACAGGAGCGCCCUGCGCAUAGAACCAGAAGAGCCAAUUACAUUCAGUGAGGAUGCGUUCAUUACACACAGAUCCAGCACUAUGAGACAGUUUCUGCAGAAUGCUAUCCAGCUUCAGCUUUUUAAACAGUUUAUAGAUGGGCGUUUGGAGUUACUGAAUUCUGGUGAAGGCUUCAGUGAUGUGUUUGAGGAGGAGAUUAAUAUGGGGGAGUAUGCUGGUAGUGAUAAAGUGUACCAUCAGUGGCUUCUUACAGUUAAGAAAGGAGGCGGGGCAAUCUUUAACACCGUAAAGACGAAAGCAAAUCCUGCCAUGAAGACCGUCUACAAGUUUGCCAAAGAUCACGCCAAGAUGGGCAUCAAAGAAGUUAAGAGUCGCCUUAAACAAAAGGAGCUGAUGGAAAACGGCUACCCCGGCAGCAGAGACGAGCCAGGCUCCACCCACUUGCCCUCCACCCACAGUAAAGACUCACUCACCUGGGAACAGAGGCGACCAAUUACUGUGCACUUUGGACAGUCGGAACAAGGCCAACCCCCUCAACAUGCCCGUCCACAGCGCCCCACACGCCCACCUCCCAAGCGCCCCCCUCCCCCAGCCCCCUCCAAACUGAACCGCAGCAAUCGUCCAGCUCGUCCUCCCCGACCACUGGUGGCAAAAAGACCCCGAAGCAAUGUAGGAUUGGAGGGCAGUCCUGAACACUGUAUGCGUCCUACACGUCACUACACUGUAUUUCUGUGUGAGGACUCUUCUGGAGAUGAGAUUUCCCAGGAUGACGAAUCUGUCUCCGCUUUUCCUGAACACUUCCUGCUCUCCGCCCCCUUUGAAUGGCCUCAGCCUUAUAGGUCUCUGAAAGAGGCGGAGCUAGUGGAGGAGGGUGAGGAGGCAGGGGCGGAGCGAUGCCAGGGCAACACUGCUCCCUCUAGUCCCGUGCAGGAGAAGUUCUCGGAGCUGACUCUGUUGGACUCCUUCAGCAGCCAGCAGGGGGCAUCCACACACACCUCCCGCACAAAACACUACACACACAUUCCGCUGGGCACGGCACGGAGCCUGGAGGAGCUGAGUUCGAUGUGUGAGGCCGAGGUGCAGCAAGUCGACUUCAGCUAUCAGCGGAUGGAGCUCAGUGGUGAGGAACGUACUCGGACUCUUCCGGGACUGAAGCACUCCAACUACAACAAGCUACGUAGUCAGAAAGAUCUGGACUCGGUUGUACUCUCUGGUCGUGAGUCCCCUUGCUGGGAACGACCGCUGUCUGUCCCGCCCCUGGAGCCACCAGAGCCCCGCCCUGCCAGCCACGAGAGUUUUGCCUCCAACCAGGAGAGCUUAGAUAGGAUGGAGACAGGCAGCAUAACGAUUCCUCGACCACAGGGCCGUAAAACACCAGAGCCGGGAGCGGUUUUGGCUCCGGCCGUGACACUGCUGCAGAAGGAGAUGGGACUAAACGUGAGCGCAGGGGGGCAGGAAUUCCGGCAAGCCCUCAACAUGUCUCCUCUCUCACAGUCCCGCCCAUCCGGUGUGGAGGCGGAGGCUGACUUGCUUAGUCUGCUGGACCCUCUGAGUGGAGCAGAAGAGCCCCGCCUACCCCCCAAACCUCCCAUUCCCCCACGGCCUGCCAUGCCCUCAUACCCGCCCCCACUGUCCCUCAACCCCUUUGCUGCACAACACACUCACUACAACCUUCAGAGACACUACAGUCCUGUUGUAUCUGGCAACCCAUUCACCUCCACCUACGUGCCUCCCCACGCCAGCACCUACUACAGCGCAGCACCCCCACGUCCCCUCUCAGUGUUCGGCCAGCCUUCUGCUACUGGGGGAGUCCAGGCGAGUGGAGUGUGGCCAGCUGCCAAAGCUCCGCCCACCUCCAACAGCAGUAGCUCUCUCUCUAGCCUGUUGGAUUCCCCUGCACCGCCUUUAUUAACCCAGGCUCUGCCCCCUACGCUUCCUGUCGGCACACCCCAGGACCCCUUCUGUGACUUGCUCACUAUGGCAGCAAUGCCAGCUGUUGCAGCCACGCCCCCUAAAAAAAAGGUGGAGGACCUGCGGAGGAGGUGGGAGACUUUUGACUAGCCCAGUGCACACUUUACCUCCACUGCUGCUACUGACCAAUGAGGGACAGCGCUCGUCUGUUGAACAAUCAAGAGCCACUGUUUUUUUGUUUUGGGUAAGGACUCUGGAAGCCCCAAAAAAAAGCUCUGCUACACAUAUAUAUGUGUGCGUGUGUGUGUGUGUGUGUGUGUGUGUGUGUCUGCGCAACGUACACUAAUGCUCAGACUGCAUUUGCAUCUUCUCCCUGAGUGGAUGACGUGACCUCGGACAAAACCAGGCCUUUGGAUGACCUCACGUGCCGUUAGCUAGAAUGCUGAAAAGCAGAAGGUCAUGCUCACAGUAGUUCAGCUUGGCAUUAAUCUAAUAGCAUCCAGGCUAAUAGUUCAGUCUGUGGAGCUACCACACUAAUGUUGUAGCUGUUGUGGUGUGUAGCUUUAUACCUGCCUUUUGUGAUCACACCUGUCGGAUGCUCAGAGAAACAGCUUUGAGGGGGAGGUAGCGUGUAGAGCAAUGAUCAGGGGUUAGGGUUAAAGUGCUGUCAGUUGUCUGAACUACUUAAAAACCAGACAAAACACAAUAUUAGUACAGAGUAAUAAGUCCCCAUUAUUAUAUAUUGUUUGGAAUGUGUUUUUUUUAUUUUUUAUUCCUGUUUAUGCCUGAAAUCCAGCUCAGAUCCGUAGGUUCUCAUACUGACCGACUACAGAACCUUGCACUAUUUUGGUCUUGAUCUGCAAACUAAGGCACUGUAACUAUGAUCUGAGGGUCGCUGGUUCGAAUCCUGGAUCAUGCUUCUUGCCAUCUGUGGCAGGAGUCUAGUAACUGCUAGUUUGAGGCUGGCCGGCACAGGCAUCUGUUAGCUGAUGUGUCGGAGCUGGGGAUCCGGCGCCAUCCUUUAAGCGCAUUGGCUGCCUACUGAUGCUACAUUCAGUCGCAGAUCGAAAAGAGGUGGUGGCUGACUUCACAAGUGUUGGAGUCUUUACAUUGGCUAGCCUUCACCCUCCUAUCCUAGGGCACAGGGUUUAUACAAAAGUCUUUCAAAUUGAGUAGAAAAUGGGGUAUUAAAAAAGACUAACUUUCGGGUGGAAUACAAUGAAAACUUGAGUUACUGCUUUGCAUGAAUUUAUUCAAUCUUAAUGAUGGCUGGGAUGUUGGAAGCUCAUUGAUUGAUAGCUAAACCUUCCGUUAAUAAUUUUAUAAUUCAGUAUUAUGAUCUUGAAAAUCUGCCACUGUUCCAGAGUGUUGUCUAUCGACCAGCUGACCCUCUUAGAUGCUAACGCUAACCCCUGACCAUUGGCCGCAUCUUUGACUUAAUGAAAACAAGCUGCCUCACCUGUCCAUGCGUAACCAAGGUUAGCUGGCUAACCCCGAAUUCUGCUUUUAGCUUCCAUAUAGUUUGUAACACUGAAUAAGAAUGCUAGUGAUGUAUUUGGGUUUGUAUGUCAAGAAAGGGGGCUUAAUGUCCCCAGGUAGCACACUGGUCUGUUGGCCGGUGUGUCCACAGGAUGCCAGGAAGAGAAAAGAACACAGCAGGGUUGGACUCUGCAAGGAAUACCGGACUAAAGAGUCUGGACAGUUAAUGCUAUGUGACAUUCAAAUGGCUGGAAACAAGGAAAUCAGACUUGUAUUUAAAACCCAGAUUUUACAUAACAACGUGUUACAUAAGCAGUACUUUUAGUUUUCUGUAUCAGUCCAAAGAGAUGUUGUAGUUUAGGCUUUAGAAGGUUCUAUAAGUCAUAUCCUCCAUUCCUUCAGACAGACCUUGCUGGCGAAUAAGCACUUCCACAGAGGGCUACGUAGUUUUAAGUCUUAACUAGUACAAUAAAUAGUACAGCGGCUAGUACAGUACCAAGUGGUUUGUUGCAUUCAUAUUAGUCUGGUAAGCACAUCUCCCAUUCAGCCUGCUAAAAAUUCAGGUCAUGACUAGCAUUGGCUAGUAGAUGGUUUUGGAGUGUCUAAAGCCCUAUUCGGACAGGAUUUGUUUCACAGGGGGGCAUCUGUGAAAAAUAUUUCACAUUUCUACUCAGUGAUAAAACUCUUGCAUCAGGACCAGUAAGUUUUUUUUUGCUUUCUUGGUCACAUGACGUGGCGUUUAGUAACUCCUCCAUUUCCACAUGCUGAUGUGUUUACAUGGAUCUCUGUGAAAACAUGCGCUCAAUGUGUAAUUACGGUGCAUGGCGGUGGACAAAAUGGGUAAUUCUUGCUGUAAUUUUCUCAGAGGACAUCUGGAAAAAAACACGCACAUAGUCGUUCUGGAUGGGAAUAAAGUGACAGAGGACCCCCCCAAUAAAAGAGAAAAUUACCUCAGGAGCCCCUGAGAAACAAAUACUGUCCGGAUAGGGCUUAAGCUGGACUUUGAUGGGUAAGGUGGAUGAAAAGCUGGUCAUCCAGAUAAAAAUGUACCCUGUGUCAGCUUGGAUGCUAGCUGGUAAAUGAGCUCUUGACCAGCAAAGUGUUGUGUUUGUUUAUAGUCAUGAUUGGUCAUUCUUGCCAAUUAGCAUGUUCUUGCUGGUUGACCAUCAUGGUCAAGUCAUACUGGAUGUCCACUUACCUCUUGUGGGUGUGUCUGACGCUUCUAUAUGGAACAAAGGAAGCAAAAGAACAGUCUGGAUGUCUAUCUUUAAUCAGUCUUUUUCUAAUCUAAUUUUGGAAAUCUGAAAAACUGACAUCAUCUGCAUCGUAUUUGAAAGGGUACUCUCACCAGGUUGCUAUCGAAACAACGCAACCAAUCAUAUACCACAGCAUGCAGCAACUGUCUGCAUUGACAUGAAUAUGAUGCAUCAAGGCAAAAUGGCAAGUGGACACCAAACAUCAAACACUGAACCUAUACAAAAAACCCCCAAAAAGCCCUAUGUUGGUCAACCAGCUUCACCAGCUUGAGCUGGCCACCUUGUUAUUUUUGGGCCAGCAAACCCAGUGGUCCUGUAUGGUUUUUUUAAAUUUAAAAAGAUUCUCAUUCGGAGAGUGAGGAGCUGCUGUAAAGAAAAAUACAGAUGUAUUCAGUUUUAAAAAGUAGGGGUUUGGUAUGAAAUUGUGCUUCGUUGUAGAGAAACCUACUGACCUGGAUUUCUUUACAAUUGUGGCAAAUAGAAGCAGGUGUUUUCAAGACUUUCAACACAAUUACAGCAAUUUUAUUGAUUUAUUAUCAUCAAUAACAUUGAUAAUCCCCUAUUGUGAACCUACUUGUUUUGUGCUGUUAUAUAACAGCUUACUUUAUUCAAUGCAAACCUAAUACAAGUCCAUCCAGGCUCAGAAGAUGCAGACACGUCCAGACUAAAGCUCAAAAUUUAGCGGAUACAUUAAAACAAGCUGAACAUUUAUAUUCAGUUACCACGGAACAAGCAGCAGCAGUGUUUUAUUACCUUUUUAUUCAGUAUUUAUUUGAAAAACAUGAAAAUUGUUCUCCAUGCUGAAAAAUAUUUUCUAUUGAAUGUAAAGGGUCAGUGUGUGCUAGUGUAUUGUUAUAUUAAAGCAGCAGUACAAACAGCAUUAUUACUAAGGUUGUUUAAAUAUGAUCCAGUGACUUAGAAUAUCUAAAGUAUUGCGUAUCAAAUACUUUCAUUCUAAUUCAGAGUUUUUAAUCUUAAACAAUGUAUAAAAAAGGCAUUAUCUAUCAGACAUUCUUUCUAAGCUGGCAGCACUAAAGAGAGUUUUCAUAAGGUUAAUAAAAAAGUUUUCCAAUUUUGUUUAACAGUGGAGCAUGAAAAUAUAACAAAUUAUCUUUAGUUUAAGUUUUUACCUAAUUAAGCACUGCUCCAUAUUCUUUGUUUAAAAAACACAACCAAGUGGAGGCUAACGCUAAUGCUAACAACAUACACUUUACGAUCUUAAAUCUGAUCAAAUUUACCUUACUAUGAAGCAGUUACCAUAUUUUUUCGCACUAUAAGGUUGAAUUGAAUGUCUAUUUUCAGGUCAUAUACAAGGUGCGCCGGAUUAUAAGGCGCAUUAUACAACCAAGUAAGGAACGCGGGUGUUGCCAUGUUUUCCUUCUAAUUCAGCUGGAUGGUGAGACCUUUAAAGCUAAGCUAAGCUACGUAAACCAAACUGUUAUUCAUAUAUUUUUUUAAGAAUGUUAAUCUACACAGAUUUCUCUCCUGAUUUUUUUUAUGUGGGUGAGUAAAGCGCUUCCGUUUAUUUCAAGUAAACUUAGAUUACUGUGGGCAAAUUUGAGGUGAGAUUAGCUAGCCAGGGCAGUAUCAGCUAGCGGUUUGUCCCAUGUAGCUUUUGUUAACAUGGUAAAAGCGCAGACUACAGGCGGAUAAAACUCACCUUUAAAUGACUAAAGAGCUAGUGCUGCCAUUAGCAGCUAAUGCUAAUACUGCUCCAGCAGUGCUAGCCGGGGUUAGCAGCAGGCUACAGGCCAAUGAUACUCACCUCUAAAUGGCAAAAGAGCUAGUGCUUAGCAUGGUUAGUGGCUAAUGCUAAUACUGCUGGAGAACUAAACUGAAACUCCUGUAAAACGCUGCACUUCAGGGAAGUGGUUUUACUCCUCCUUACAACCUGACUGGUAAAAUUCAUAAGGUGCAUUGGAUUGAUUAUAAGGCGCACUGACGAUUUUUUGGGAAAAAUUUAAGUAUUUUAAGUCCACCUUAUAGUGCGAAAAUAUGAUAUUUUACAUUGGUAAAUAAUGUGCUUUUUACUCCAGAGUGUGUACUACUAUUACUACUAACUUACUACUAUUACUACUGCUACUACAUACGCAUACACACACACAAAGAGGCAUGUGAGAUAAAUAGUCAAUGUGAAAGGUCAGACGUGAUUAUAAUAUAAUAAACACACUAUAAAACAACAAUCAACACUAAACUGAAUAAAUUGGUCCACAAUGUCUUAUUAUAUGAACUCUUAAUAAAAAGUAAUGUGAUAACUUCAGUAAUAAUCAGCUGCACAUUGUAUCUAAAUUGUAAAGCUGUAUUAACUAUACAAACACAGAUUGUAUCAGCAUUGAUGGGUACAAACUUAAGUAUACAUUUUAUCUUAUUUUAUCAAAUAGGAUCUUUUCACUGCUGCUGUAAAGUUUUUGGAAUUGACAGGUUUCUCUGAAAUGAAGUGUUACACUUCAAACCAUCUUACACAUUAACAUAGACAUAAAUCUUAGAAAUGUAAAAUCUUGGAAUAGAAUUUGCAGAUUUUGUUCUCAUUUAAUCAAAUUGUAGAAAAUGAAGAUAUCUGAAAUGCUGACCAGAUCUCCUCCCUCUUUACCAAGAACUGACAGAGCGAUCACUGAUCUGGGCCCAGUCUCCCAAAAAAGCAUCUUAACAUAAAGAGAGUGUAAAGCUCAGUGUAAAGCUCACUCUACCAUCUAAAGCCCUGUCUGGACGGUAUUAGUUUCUCAGGGGGUCCUGGGGUAGUUUUUCUCUUGUAUGGAGGGCCCUCUAUUAUUUUAUUCCUCUCCAGAACGAUCAUGUAUGUGUUUUUCUCAGACGUCUGAAUUUCGUCUCCUCACGUUUAAGAAAAUGGCUAUUUGUCCACUGCCGCACACCGUAAUUAUACAAAUACAAAUGAUAUAAGAAUCAUCUUAAACCCUAUCUGGACGGGAAUAAAAUCACAGAGGACCCCAGCAUUUAAUUUAAUUCUAUCCCUGAAACUAAUUCCGUCCAAAUAGGGAUUUAGUGCCAAGAACCUUUUGGGAAACCCCUUCGGAAAUGAAGAGUUCUAGUGCCCCCUACUGGCUCACAGCAGCACUGCAGGCUCACUGGUGAAAGAAAGGUGCCUUAAAGGACAAUUCUGCUAAAUCCAUGCUUGUGUUCUGUUAAUACUAUAUAAAGCCCGUUUCUCAGAACCCUCCAAUAACCCCUUAAAACCAGAACGUCCGACCCCCCAGAACCCUCCAGCCCCUCAGCUGUUCUAGCUGUAGCGAGUUUAGGAUUAGCAGGAACCCCCUGAACCAUCCGGAGCUUUAACAUAUAUAAAAUAUGUUUGUAUGAAAUAUCCCAGUUUUUCUUUUUGUUUUGUGCCCUUUUGCAAUGUGAAUUUGUGUCUUUCUUUUCUAUCAUUCUGCACUUUGAGUUUGUUUUUAUUAUUUGAAUGAUAUGAUUUUAUGUAUAAUGUAUGUGAAGAUUAAAGAGCACACGUUUAUCUAUCCUGUGAAAA